AUGGAUGCGGUCCGUGUUAAUCGAUCUAAGAACCGUGCUUUAGCUAAACGUACUGCCAUAUUCGAUCGUAUUAAGUCCAUUUUUGAUCUAGGAUUGUCCGGCGAAUCAGAUCUGAACGCCCGACAAAGGUUUUUAAUUUCGGUCAAUGACCUUGCAGAUUUGUGGGGAAAAUUCGUGAUUGAAAAUGAUGCAUUUUUAGAUGCUUUAAUCGAAUUAGGCGAAGAGGGAGAUUUUUCAAGUUCAGUUGAGAUAGAGGCGAGUGAGAUGGUAGUUUCGGUCAAAGCUUUGGCUAUAUGGUUCUCGUCCUCAUCGCACAUUCCCGAGAGAAUAGUAGAUGAACCAAGAUGUGGUUCAGAGUCGGAUGCAGCUGGCAGUUCGACUAUACCUCCUGGUUCAGAUAAAUCACAAACGAUGACAACAUUGGCAGCUCAGCCUUUGCAUUCUGUACGACUACCGGAAAUUCCUCUUCCCCAGUUUUCGGGAGACCUGGCAGAUUGGCCAGUGUUUCGCGAUCGGUUUAUCGCCCUAGUGGAUAGUCGUUCAAAUAUUUCAAAUAUUGAGAAAUUCUACUAUCUCCUGAGUUGUCUCGAGCUUGAGGCAUCGGAGGUCGUAAAGGGGAUAACGGUUUCAAAUGACACCUAUUCGUUAGCCUGGAAGACACUUGUGGAACGGUUCGAUAAACCGCGCAAGUUGGCAUCGUUUUUAUUGGAUACGAUUCUAUCAGCUCCGAUAAUCCAACAAGAAUCGGUUUCUUCGUUGAAUAAAUUUUUAAAUAAUUUUGAUGAAACCAUCGGUAUCCUAGGAUCUCUUGAAAUUCCAAAUUUUGGUGACUUCCUGCUGUUCUCGAUUGCUUUUCGGUCUUUACCAGUGUCGUCUCGCCGCCUGUUCGAAACGUCUAAUUCGGAAGAAUACCCGAAGGCUCAAGAAUUAUUCAAAUUUGUAAAGAAUCGAAUUCAGGUGUUAGAGUUGGCUGGAGGAUCUUCAUCUUCCUCUGGUACUAAAGAAGGGAAGCCGAAAUUGUCGGGUGCCAAGAAGGAGUGGACAAAUUGUGGGAAGACAUCCACGUCACUGGUGGCUACGCAGCCAUCCAGUAAUCUGCCUUCUAAGUCCGUUAAGUGCCCGAAUUGUGAUGGGCCACAUCAGUUAAGCAAUUGUUUUGGGUUUAAGGGUCUGUCGGUAGAUGGGCGAUACGAGAUUGUUUCGAAGCACAGACUUUGCAUGUCAUGUUUUAGUAAUAAACAUUGGUCGAGUAAGUGUAAAGAGAGUUGCUCCAAGUGUAAGCGUCGCCAUCACUUACUUCUACACAGAGAUGCUGAAGCGAGUCAGGGUUCUGCAGCUCAGCAGCCACCUGUCGUAAUGCUUAGUUCUCAGCCUUCUUCAUCCGUUCUACUUGGUACUGCAGUGGUAAUGGUUCGAGAUGUUAGUGGAAAUCUUCAACCUGUCAGGGCUCUUCUCGAUUCCGGGUCACAAACCAGCAUCAUCAGGAAGAGUUGUUUAGACCGGCUUGGUCUUAGGCGGUCAAGAUGGACAGCCUCGCUGACAGGGCUCUCUGGUCAGUCUGUUCCUAAGGUUUUAGGAAAGGUGCAUUUAGAAAUGCAAUCUUGUUAUAAAUCAGUCCCGGUCAUAGCAGUCACGGCGUGGGUUUUACCUACCAUAACGGCAGAUCUGCCAAGCCAACAGUUGUUCGUCGGCGUAAGGGAAGGCUGUUCCCAUCUGCAGCUCGCAGACCCUUCCUUUGAUACCCCAGCUCCGGUGGAAUUGUUAUUGGGAGCUGACGUUUUUCCGCAGGUGUGGAUCGGUGAGAAAUGCUCGCUCGGCCGCGGACUCCCAACUGCGUAUAGCUCCACUUUUGGAUGGGUGCUAAUCGGUCCAGUUUCACAGAACGUCAGUGCUAGUGGUGCGCAUUGUCUAUUAGCGAUGCUCAAUCCGUCUAUAGAGUCAUUGAUGGAGCGAUUCUGGGAAGUGGAAGAACCGGAAGAAGCGCCUGCACAGUUCACGGACCAGGGAUGCUGUGAAGACAAGUUUAAAGCGGAAACCAUCAUUGAUGAGACCGGUCGUUACAGUGUUCCACUACCGUUCAGGCAAGAUAUGCCCCCUCCAACAUUCGACGGUAUGAAACGGAUCGCGGCCAAACGUUUUGAACAUCUUGAACGGAAGUUAACUCAAGAUGAGAAAUUGGGAAUGGCCUAUCGUGAAUUUAUGGCCGAGUAUGAAGUCUUAGGCCACAUGACAGUCGCUCAAAACCCUGGACUUUAUGUGAUUCCACACCACGCAGUAUGGAAACAAGGGAUUAGUCACAGUAAAUUACGCGUCGUGUUUGAUGCUUCAGCUCGCUGUAAUUCAGGUCAGUCUCUGAAUGACGCAUUGUAUGUUGGCCCUAAGCUUCAACGUGAUAUAGUUGACGUUUUGCUCGGAUUUCGGCUGUAUUGUUUCGCGUUCUCCUCUGACAUAUGUAAAAUGUACAGGCAGAUUCAGGUGAAUACGGAAUACCGGCAAUACCAGCAUAUUCUGUGGAGGGCAUCACCAGUAGAAGCAUUGAAAGAGUAUACCCUUAACACGGUAACCUAUGGCGUCAACAGUGCUCCAUUCUUAGCUCUGAGAGUAUUGCAUGAUAUUGCUGAUCGUUGUGAUCCAUGUUUGUCAUCUGUUCAAACGGCUCUUCGGCUCCAGACCUAUAUGGACGACAUAUGUACAGGGGCAGACACUCUCGACGAAGCUCUUCGGUUACAGCAAAGUCUCGUCAAAACGUUAAUAUCGUACGGAUUCGAACUUAGGAAAUGGUCCAGUAAUACUCCGGCACUACUAGAAAAAAUUUCUAAGGAAGAUCGCGUGUCUGGCUCACUAUCGUUCGAAGAUGAAGGGUCCACCGUCAUGGUUUUGGGAUUGAAUUGGAGUCCAGAAGAAGAUGCAUUGGGGUACGAUUUUAGCGAGAUUAAAUUUACCCACACUAAACGAGGAGUACUCUCAGUAAUUGCUCGGAUCUUCGAUCCGUUGGGUUUCCUAUCUCCUGUAGUGUUAUUCGCCAAGCAUUUGAUGCAGUUGAUUUGGUCGUCCGGAAUCGCGUGGGAUGAUAAACUACCACCCGAGAUUUAA